AUGGAUAUUCCCCCAUUGCCUCAUCCAUCUACCUGGUUUCGAUCUUUGGAUGCGUCACGAGAGUCUAACAGUCAAAGUAAAAGGCGCAAGAAAAGGCGAUCCAAACUUGCUCAAACCGCCGAGGGUGCUAUGGAGGAGGAUGGUGUUGAUGAUGAGGGCCUGCAACCUUCAUCUUCGGGUGAUGAAAGCAAUAACGAGAGUGAAGAAGAAGACGACAAUAAUGAACAUGGUGAAGAUGAUGAAGAAGAGGGAGAGGGUGGAGAAGGAGGAGAGGAAGAAGAAAGCACCCAAGGGGACACACAGGAUGCUUCUUCAGAUGAUGAAGUUAUGAUCAAAUCUGAGAAGUUCUCAAUAACUUGUCCACUUACUCUACGACCUUUCGAUGAGCCAGUUAGCAGCACCAAAUGCCCGCACAGCUUCGAACGAUCUGCUAUCGAGAGUAUGUUAAACCGAAGUCGUCAGAACACCUUUGUUCCCCUACCUAAUGACAGUUCUCGGGGGCGAAAUAUGCGAUGCGUCAAGUGUCCUGUCUGCAAUGUUUUGAUUACAAGGCAUGAUCUAAAGAGAGAUCCUGUAUUGAUACGACGGGUGAAGAAGGCCAUACGCAUGGCUGCAGCGGAAGCGGAAGAGAACAACGAUGAAGAAGGUGGUGAAGGCGAGGAUGUUGAAAUGGAUGAAGAUGACAAUGUCUUGAUGAGGAGGAGCAAGGCAGCGAACGUGGGAAGACGGGUUGUUGUAAAGAGCGAGAGAACAAGGUCGCCAUCCCGUAUCCCCGAUACACAGAUGGAGUAG